AUGUCAGCAAUCACGGUUCCCGACGAUGCGUGGUCGCAAGGCCUUCCUGCCCUCAAAGACUCGAUCCAGAUCCAUCUGACUGAAUCCGAGACCAAGUUCGAAGAGGCCAUGGUCCAUGCAGCCUUUCAUUUUGUCGUGGACUCGGUUCAGCAGUUGAAGCAUGAUGACCGAGACGACUGGGAAUGGCACCGCCGAGUGAUGUACGAUUGGAUGCUCGAGACCAUCGAGCUGGGUAACGGUGGUGCCAUCGCCCCGGGAAGCGAAGCCUGGGCCAAAGAGAGCCCCCAGGUGCGAAGCGGGCUCGUGGAGUAUCUGGAAGCCACGGAGAAUGUGUCCGCACGCCUCACGGUGCGCGUGGGCCAGAACCUGGUGAAGAUCUUCCGAGACGAGAUGACCCCGUUGGAGCUGGUCAUGGAAGACAACCUGUUGAACCGGUACUAUAUGGAGUAUCCGAAAUUGAAGGACCGCAGCUACAAACAUCUGCGACGAGCCGUCGAGCUGUACGCGCGUGCCCGCCCGGACGCUAGAAUCCUGGAAAUCGGCGCAGGCACCGGCGGCGCCACGAAAAUCGUGCUGCAGUCCUUCGACACAGUGAUCGAAGAGCAGGACGAGGACCGGUACCCGGAAUACACCUUUACCGACAUCUCUGCGGGAUUCUUCCUGGCAGCCAAGUCGAAGCUGGCGGCAUGGGCUCCGGAUAUGGACUUCCAGAAACUCGACAUCGAGAGCAACCCGCAGGACCAAGGGUUCGAGCCCGGCCAGUAUGAUCUCGUCGUCGCGUCGUUGGUACUGCAUGCCACCAAGUCCCUGCACCGGACAUUGACGCAUGUCCGCCAGCUGCUGAAGCCGGGCGGAAAGUUGUUCCUUGUGGAGACCACGCGCGAUGUGACCGACAUGCAGCUAAUCUUCGGUCUAUUUGAGGGAUGGUGGCUGAGUGAAGAUAAUCGAAAGUCCAGCCCGAAUGCACCCACGCAUGUCUGGGACAGGGUGAUGCGCGAAACUGGCUUCACUGGCGUUGAUUUUGAGAUCGGGGACUGCGAAGAGGCCAUCUAUCAGUCCACCAGUCUUCUUGUCACGACUGCAUCAUUAGUCUAG